AUGCCCUGGCGGCCUCUGCCUCGCAUUGCUUUCGCAGUUGCCAUAUACCCCUUCCAACCUUCUUCACCGGCCGAUCUCCCGCUCGAACUCGGCGAUGAAUUGUACAUAAUUGAACAAGGGGGCGCCAAUGGCUCGUGGUUUCGGGGAUACCUUGUGGCGCCUCCGUCGCUUUUGGCUGGAUUGACGAGCGUGAAAGGUCAAACUCUGGAAGCCCGCGUGUUUUCAGGCAUUUUUCCGAGAAAUUGUGUGGAGAUUAGGGAAUAUUUGGGAGAUGCGGAAGGUCGCAAGGCGCUGGACAAUGGAGAUACCUUAUUGGCGAAUGGGAUUAAUGGUCACCAAGAAGAGGUUGUAAAACAUCGACAGGAUACUGCAGACUCACUUGAAGAUGUCGGACACAACCCGCGGUCAGGUUCCGCUGCAACCUAUCGAUCUGGCUCCGUGCCACUGACGCCUUCCUCAUUCGUUGCGCGAAACCCCAACGGCUCUAAGCCUGCUGCCCCGGUGCCGAUGUUGAAGAUUGGAGAUGAGACGCCCACAUCUUAUGAGGAACCCUUGGUUGAUGAGAUUGCCUCGUCUCUACGGGAAUGGCACUCAACAAACCUCCACGAGCUCCUAUUAACCCGACAAUAUGGCUCGGUUGAAACGAUGUAUAACGUCGUUUUAGACUUAGAUCUGGCUAGGCGGCAAUUGCUCCAUGAUGUGCUCACCUCUAAAGAGAAAAGUGCCGUGCGACAGACCACUGUCUGGAACCUAGUGCGCGGAAACAAAAUGCUUACGGGUGAGGUUAUUGUGCGCGACCCGAAACAAAACGGCCGGUUACUUACAGGCGACGAUUCGGCAAUCGAGUUGACCAAGCUUCAGUCGGAAAUGAGUAUGUUUGACUCGGACCCAAGGCAGCAGGUAGACGCAUCAACGCUCCGUCAUCUCCUGCUCGAAAUCAAGACAAUAGCUGGUUCUCACGCCGGGCCAGUCACUUUGUCUUUGUAUCUAUCAACAAAAACGGACAGUGGUGCGUUGAAGCCAUUAUCGGAGACCUACGUGUUAGAGAUCCAAUCAGCCGACAGUUUUAUGGCACUAGCUCACACCAGCAAAUUGAAAACUUUGUUCACGGAGCUAUGCGCUGCAGACGUAGGCGACGGUGCUGGGAACGAGGCUCAUCUAUAUCUUGUUGUUAUCAUUCAAUCAGCCGAAUUACCUCGGCCCUCACUUCCAUACGCCACGCGAACAUCGAGUUCUCGGGACGGUGGCUUGAAUCGCAGUCCUUCUACUAUGCAUAGUGUCAAGGGCAGUGUCAAAGGUCGUCGCAGCAUGGUCUGGACUGCCAAGUCUCCACGUCCCGGACAGCCAGAAACCAUCAAGGAAACUCCUCCGAGAAGCUCGGAUUCCACUAAUUCCCAGGGCCAAGGGGAGAAUACCACGCUCAAAGAUGCGACCGUCAUACGCACAGUAGGAGCCGGUAUACUAGAUGUUGCACAUAUUGUCAGACAAAACAGCGAGGCAGAACAUGUCAUCAAUAUCUGGUCGCCUCUAGGUGAAGAUGUCGAGGAAGGUGGCAAUGAUCUCGAGGGCUUCGACGAGCUUAUCCGAAACGUUUUACCGAGUUCGUCUGGUCGAUACUUCAAGUGCUAUCAAGCUUCCCAGCUUCAUCUUCACUUCUAUCCGUUCAUAGACUCCGAUGCCGAUGCUCUUGUGCGAAGCAAUCCCACGUUGAUGCAUAAUGUGACUCAGACACGGAGAAUGGGUUUUGCAGCUGCCCCGUCACAGCCGAGAUCAGACAUCUAUUUGAACAUAUCUCGUGCGAAAUUCCCUUGGCCAGCUCUACUCUGCCACCCUCAAUCAGGGCAGGUGCCUGUACCCGUCAAUACUGGCUUCCGCAACUUACAAUUGACUCUCGAAGUUCGUAAUGGCAGCGGUGCCCGUCUGGAGCGGUGCAUCUUUGCUUCAUCCAACAGCACAGGUCACACUGCUUGGCGAACUACCGUCACGGACAGAAAUGCUUCGUGGAAUCAGACUAUUCGCCUAAACAUACCAACUGAGCAAGUCCCGGGAGCUCAUGUUAUCAUGAGCAUAGCCGAUGCCCCGGAAUUCCCAUUCGCACUUUGCUGGCUACCUUUAUGGAACCAACAGGCGUUUAUACAUGACGGGCCUCAUUCAUUGCUUCUUCAUGCUUACGACAAGGUAACAUCAAGCGUAGAUGAAGAAGGAAGGGGCGCAUAUCUCAGCCUACCCUGGAGCUCACUGCACAAGAAUUCUUCUGUGCCAGAUGAAUCUGUGACAGGCCCGCUUUCCACUGUUCACGUUGAGACAAACCUCUGCAGCACCGAGUACUCUCAAGAUCAGAUCAUAUUGGGGCUCAUCAGUUGGAAAAAGCAAACUGGAAAUGAAGUCUUGGAGCUACUCCGACGAGUUCUCUUCGUUCCACAAAUUGAGAUUGUCAAGCAGUUGCGUGAUGUUUUUGACGCCCUCUUUGGAAUUCUUGUGGAAAACGCAGGAAGUGAGGAAUACGAAGAUUUGAUCUUCAACGCCUUAGUGACAGUCUUGGGCAUCACGCACGAUCGACGGUAUAACCUUGGUCCCCUCGUGGAUCAUUACACAGAAAAUCAGUUCAACUUUCCCUUUGCAACUCCGUGCUUGAUUCGAAGUUAUUUACGACUUUUACAGUCCCAUGAUACCCCGCAACAGUCGCGAAACCUUCGUGCGGCGUUCAAAGUUGGACGGCACUUGCUAAAGUUUAUCAUCAAUGCUCGUGAACAGCAAAAGCUGAAGGAAGAGGGAAUCGGUGUCACGAAUGUGCAACCAACAUUCAACCGUGACCUGCACUCGAUAUUCAAGUCUCUCGAGACAUUAAUGCGGAAUCCAUCUCCGGUCUUGGUUGGAACGAAAACUCUCGUGGUGCAACACUUUCACUCGUGGCUUCCCGAGCUUACAAAUGUCCUGCCUAAAGAUGAGAUAAUUAUGAUUGCGUUGAGCUUCAUGGAUUCCUGCAAGGACGUCAAAGGCAUGCUCAUAUUGUAUAAGCUCAUUUUGAUUCAAAAUUACACGAAGCUCGAUGUUUUCGCUUCCGGUGAAGAUAGAGAUACUCUGAUUUCCUGCUGCUCUAGUUGGCUCGACCCGUACUGGGGCAACACUGGUGAAGUCUCGGAUCAGUACCGUGACCAAGUGCGUCUUUGUGCUUCAAUUGUGGCAGAAUUUUCCAAACAACCCCAACCGCAAUUGUACAUGUUCAUGCACAAAAUCACUUCAUCUUAUUGUGCUGUUGUGCUUGAGGGUGUCGACGAUACCGACUAUCUCUCCAUGCUCUACUCUAAGUCAUUCCCGUUCCAAGUCAAAGCCUCUGAUCGAAAACAAAAGUUUGAUGAAGCUCUCGUUGAACUAGCCGGUCUGAUGGCUGCCAUCUCGAACAUCCAGGAUCCAAAAUUACCUAUUCUCAAACUGGAUGACAUGGCGUUGUUCAUAUUCAACUCGCUAGAAGCACAUAGGUCUAUAAUAAGUUGCGAAGCUUAUCCUGAAGACUGGUUAAGUUUGCAUAUAUACAAUCACCGUGCUGCUGUCAAAAAUUUCGAAAACUUGUCGUCUAUGUUGAUCCACUCCUUCCUGCCUCCUCCAGAUGAGGCAGAUACAUUUGAUAUGAAGUUGUGGGAGCUUUUUUUCACGACUUUGUUGAAAGUUGUAUCCAGCGAAGCACUUGCUCUCGAGACAUUCCCGGAACAAAAACGUAGAGCAGUCUGGAAGAUUGGUGGUGAUGUUCGCGAACAGGGCGCAGCACUUUUACGACAAACCUGGGAAGCGAUUGGAUGGGAAACUAGUGAAGACGAGAGAGCCAAAUACGCACUGGACAGACUAGGUGGCUACCAAGUGCAAUACGUGCCGAGCCUUGUUCCUGGGAUUAUCGAAUUAUGCCUCAGUGUUCAUGAAGGCCUUCGACGGGUUGCCGUUGAAGUUUUGCAGACAAUGAUUAUCAGCGAAUGGGAUCUCAAUCAAGAUUUAUCUAUCAUCGAGAUGGAAAUUGUCACAAGCCUUGAUGUACUGUUCCAGACCAAACAUAUGAACGAGAGCAUCACACAGAAGCUUUUCAUCACCGAGCUGCUGGAUUUAUUCGAAAAGAUUGAAGACUCUGACGAAGCUCUGGCCACAGAUGUCAAGGGUCUGAUAGGCACAAUCGAUGAACUUCUUGAACUUUUAGUAGCGUGCAACAGUGGGGGCAUCACCGAAAGUCUUCAUACUUUGCGUCUUAUGGAGUUUAUGAAAGAUAUGGAUCGAGAGGAUAUUUUCAUACGCUAUGUUCAUGAGUUGGCUCAGACCCAAGCUACAGAGCACAACUAUACACAAGCCGGUCUUGCCUUACAAUUCCAUGCCGAUCUCUAUACAUGGGAGCCGACGAGAAUGGUUCCUGCGUUGACGAACCCGGCAUAUCCAGAACAGUCUGCAUUCGACAGAAAGGAGGCUCUAUACUUCAAGAUUAUCCAGCACUUCGAGGAUGGAAAGGCUUGGACACAUGCACUUGCCUGUUACAAAGAACUCAUUGAACAGUAUGAGCAUAUUGUGAUGGACUUCACCAAAUUAUCUCGCGCACAGGGUUCUAUGGCCAAGAUAUACGAGUCGAUUUCCAAAGAAGAAAAAGCUUUCCCUCGGUACUUCCGUGUCUCUUAUAGAGGCCUUGGUUUCCAAGCUACUUUACGGGAUAAGCAUUUCAUCUUCGAGGCAUUGCCAAACGAGCGCAUGGCAUCUUUCACUGAUCGCAUGCAGAAACUACAUCCUGCAGCGCAGAUCACGUCGUCUCAUGAAAUUGAAGAUAUCGAAGGCCAAUUCUUACAGAUCAGCGCUGUCAGUCCUCAUAGAGAGAUUAUGCAUCCUGUAUAUCAACGUUCCAAAGUGCCUCACUCGGUGCGUGAGCAUUUACUUAUCUCGGUGCCCCUUCAAUUCUCCUACACAUCCAAGCGCCACACUAGUGGUCUUAAUGUAAAGGAGCAGUGGGUUGAAAAGACUAUCUUUACAACAGCGGAACCGUUCCCUAAUAUCCUUCGCCGAAGUGAGAUUGUGGCUACUGAAGUAGUUGAAUUGACUCCUCUGCAGACGGCUAUUGAACGGACAUGGCGAAAAACGCAGGAACUACAUCUACUGGAACAGCAUGCCAUUUCGGGGGAUGACUCGACAUUAUCAGGAUUGACGGAAGCUUUGGUGCAACUUCUUGACCUGGGAGCUCCGCAUUCAAGCUGUGUUGCGAUCUAUCGUCCUUUCUUAGCCAGUGAAAAGGAGGACGACAAUGAGCAGGAAGAAGGGGAGGAGGAAGAUGAGAUUGAGCAGAAACCAAUCGACCCGCUAGAGAACGCGCUUGCGGUUGCAUUGAUUGAUCACGCGCUUUCGAUCAAGCGGUGUCUGUCCCUUUUCUCCCGGCCAUCUCAUCAAGCUACUCAGAUUGAACUACUUGCUAGAUUCGAGGAUGCAUUCGGACCAGAGAUUGCGUCUCUAGCCGCACACGCACAAACACUCUCGCCCCCUCAGAGCGCCAACCAUUCAAGUAACAGAUCCMCUCCGCAUGCCAAUGGACAUGGUGCAGACCUUGCAGGCCGAUCAUUCAGUCCGGAGCAGGAACUUAUACGCACAUCCCGGUCCAACAGUCAACGAAAACAUUCUGCAAAGCCAUCUUUGAGCCAUCGUAUUAGUAUCGCGAAUCCCUUCAAGAGAGCCACCCACCACGCAUCAUCUUCCGUAGCAACGGCGAAGGAUACUCACCAAUCCCCGGAUCUGAGACAAUUGGCAGAUGCACAGUCCAGUCGGCAGUCCAUCAACCUCCAGGACCGCGACGAUGAUGCAGUUACUGUGCACUCUCGCGCUACGGCGAAAAGCGAGAAGCGACGAAGCUGGUUUGGUGGUGAUGUGAAGCCGAAACACAAGGCGACACCUUCCGUGACGGGGUAUGCUGGUGAGCAACAGGUAGACGAACAAAGCAGAAAUCGCUCCAGAGCUCGUAGUGCGACGAACAAAUCGACCAAGUCACAUGAUGAAUCAAAUCAACCUCGCACGCGACAAAGCAGACUUGAGUCGAAAAAGAGCACGCCUGUCAUGGCCAGCGGUGGAUGGGACACGGCUCAAACAGCACUGCCUCGAACAUCUCAAUCCGACAAUCGUCCUAAUACAUCUGAAAGGUUCGGGUAUCCCGACAAGAGCCUCACGUCUACAGUGACAAUAUCAGCCGGUGGUUCAACUAGCCAGAGCAAUGGCAAUACUCAAAACAACAAUGUUUCGGCUGUUUCGACUGGAGGUGUUCGCGAUUCGGUGAAGAAGCGAUUCAGCUUAUUGAAAGGCAUCAACAAGAAAACAAGCCGCAUGAACGUUCGCGAAGGUGGCGUCCUGGCCGAGUCUUUGCGUGAGGAGUGA